CUCCGGCUGAUUGACUCUUUAUUGUUGCGAGUGUGUGUGGCUGUGCGCUUGUGUGUGUGUGAGUGUGCGAGUGUGCCUCCGUGCCUGCCAGGGGCACGUGUGUGUGUCUGUGUGAGCCUGGAUUAAAUAACAAUUUCGUGUAAUUAAUAAUAUUUACCUUCAAGCAAACAAAAACACAAGAAUGCCUGUGACGGUGACGGUGACAGUGAAAAGUGAAAUUCUCAAAUCGAACCGAACAAGAAAAUUAAAAUUAGGAACCUAGGCUGAUGAGAACUCAUUAAAAACACUUCAAGAUCAUAGACGCACUGCAUUUCAUAUCCCAACACUGACUUCGAUUCUCGUUCACUGCACUCCGAAAAUACAAUGAGUGACUCCAAAAAAUCCGAAAAAAAAAGAGAAAACUUCAAAAAUGUAGAUGGAAAAGGAAAAAUUAAAAUCUAAAAAGAACCACAAAGGCAGCAGCAUACAAAAUGAACUGUAUCCGAACUUCUGAAGCGGCAGCCGUAAAACAAAACAAACAAAGCUGUCGAAAAAAUGGGAGAAUAGUGGUGGGGGUGGUGGGGGGUCUGAAAGAAAGGACGAUUCGUCCGUAGAUGAAGAAGAAGUAGCUGCAAGUACCAGUAAUAAAGUGUGUAUUUUUUUCGGGUGGUUUCGGGCUCCGGGAAUAGCCGGCGUCGUCGCCAACUUUUCUGUGCAGGCAAAUGUAACAAAUUUUUGUCAGUUUCAAUUUUCGUCAGUUCCUAGCCCGCCCGCUCCGCCUUUGCCACCGCCCCCGCCAUCGUGCUACCGCCAUGACAAUGGCCAGGUCGGUCCACAGUCUCCAGUUGCUGGCAUUUACUUUGCCGUCGGGCUUGGCGCACAGCAUAAUGAACAAAAACUGGGAGAGAACUGUAGAAAAUGGCAGAAAAACACAAAAAAUUUAAAACAAAAAACUGAAAACAAAAAAACAAAAAAAUGGGGAAAAAAUCAACUCCCAGAUAUGCUAGACAAAAAAAAUGGCAAAUUAAAUAGCCGAAAAAAAUGUAGCUGCGCUGCAGCUGCGCAACAUCAAUUGGAAUACCCCAUCCCGCCGGUCCAAGAGCUUAACCCUCACCUUGCCCCAGCCCCAGCCGCACUUCCUGCCCCCCACUCCACCCGUGGCGGCGGCAGCAGCAGCUGACCAAACUGCAGGGCAGCAGCCAUUUGAUUUUCCUUGCUUCCUUGGCUCACCUUCCGUUUGGUUUCCUUCUUUUCAUUUUUUUAUACAUAUAUAUAUUUUCUCGAGCUUCUGCUUUAUUAUUUUAUUUUACGUUUUUCGGCAAAAACCCAUCCCGUCCAUCCAUCCCCAGCUCCCCACGAAACUUAAAUUACUAUUUACAAUGGCAUUUUUUAGUUGAUUUUUUUGUUCUGCCCAGCACUUGCCAGCGAUUUUUUCUAUAUAUAUGUUCAUAUACAUUUUUUAUUCGCAUUUUUCGCUGCCAUAAACUUUUUUAAGCUCAACUCUUCUGUUUCGGGGGGUCCUGCUGAGCGGAGGACACGGCCCUGGCUGGCUAAUUUCAUUUUGGGCAAGUUCAGUUCAUUUUUUUGUGCAGCUGCGUUCAGUAAAUUCCGAUUAAAAUCGAAUCAGCCAGCAGAGGGUUGCAUGAUAAUCUUCUGAUAUUGGAUUAGUCCAAUUGGUGGCAUUCUUGGCAUAGCUUAAAUAUUUGUCAGCCAUAAAGCUCAAGAUACGAUAUCUCAUAGAUUUCCAUCCAUUUAUUAUCUGGAAAAUAAAAGUGCAGUGAAUGAGAUCAUUUCGGGCACACGUUCCUCUGUCUCUGCCUCUGUUUCUGAACGUUUUUGCCACUUUCAUAUUUUAGAUAUUGAAAAACAACAACAACAACAACUACUGUAGCUACAACAACAUCAGCAACACUUUUGUUAGUAAAUUUAUGUUGAAUUAAAUACAAAGCAAAUUCAAACCACACACAAAAAGUGCAAUCCAUAUAAAACAAAAAAAAAACACAAAAUAUUAACGUUAAACGAACUAACGAUAAAAACAAAAUAAUUAAAAAAGUAGCCAUUACUUUUGAAUUAUUUUUAAUGCAAAGAGGAAAGGUUCAACAAAAAAAAGUUUAAUGAAAAAGCCUUUUGAUAAAGAAACAUAUCAAAGAGCAAAAAAUUAAAUGCAGCAAAAAUAAUUAAAUUAAUACAACAACAUCAGCGUGGCAGUGGCAGCGGGGCAACUGUCAAAAAAUCUACAGCAACACAAAGUGCAACAACCAACAACAACAAGAAGUGGAGGAGUACAAAAAAUCACACAAUUGCCGCUGUCUGUAAAUUGAACAUAAAAAAUAAAUGAUAAAAAAAAAAUAUAAAGGCCGAAAGAAAAGUCGCGUUUCAUUUUCACGCGCUGCAUAUUAUUUACUCCGUGCUCUACAUAUAUAAAUCCACAACAGAUAAAUACCGCCAACCAAUAGCCCAAACAAAACACAACAACAAAAAAAUUAAAUAAAAAUAAAUGAAAAAUCCGCCACAAAAAUAACAAAAAAUUCGCCUGCAUUUUUUGCCUUUUGUGUGAGCUGCCCACCAAAACGAGAGAAGAAUUUUUAUUGUAUAUAAAAAUUAUAUACAACAUCACCGGGAGGAGCUGUUGCAGCAUCCCACUCCAAGUGGCAACUCUGCUUUUCGAGCUGCUGCCUGUAAAUUGCUCCACUCCCUGCCCCAACGAGCGGCGGCGACUGCGUCGGCUUCGACGACGCCGCAAACAGCGCAGCAGCAGCAGCGGCAGCGGCAGCAUCAUCAUCAGCAGCAACAGCGGCGGCAGCGACAGCAUUAUCCGCAGCAUCAAUUUGGCUUUUGGGCAGAGAUAAUUUAAGAAAAAUAUAUGUGAUGCUAUGCACAUCAGCAGCUAUGAAAUAUGCCUAGAACGCGUUGCUGAGGAAUUAAUGGGUCGCAGGCAAUGGAAACAUUACCAAGAGCAACAUUUGAAUAUCGACGAGCAACAGCCAACAGUAAUAGCCGGUUCCGAGGACGAGCCACCGCAAUACAACAGCAACAGCAACAACCACAAUAGCAGAAACCCAAACCACUGUAAACCAGAAAACCACCGUCUAGAGCAGCACACACCCAACGGUAGUCUGCUACUGGAAGAAGAUUUUGACAACAACCAAACAUCACACGACUCAUCACGUUCUCCUACGCCGGGAAGCAUAGUGACAGCCACAAGUACACCAUCACCACCGCCAGAACCCAUCGAUUGGAGACCGUCGGACAAGUGCAAUUUUUGUAUUAACGGUCGCCUGCUAACGGUGAACGCCAAGGGCGAAUUGGUGGCCGAAUCAGCAGCAGCUGCAGCAGCAGCGAACACAGUUAGUUUUAGCCACAUUCAUCAGCACGACAGUGACAGCAACUCGAGCGCAUCACUGCUCCACCAAAACAACAUCUGCGGCAGCCGAGGUCGCCACAUUGCUGCGACAACAACAAACGCCACAACGGGUACAGAUCGAGCGGCAACAGCAUCAGCAGCUAAUUCUUUAGAAUUGUACAAGCUGCUCACCCAGCAGGCUGCCAAAAUGACAUCGAUGGACUCGAUGGCCGCCCAGCUGGCGCAGUUCUCGCUGCUCGCGGCCGACUUCAACCUGAUCAGCACACUUCAGCAGCAGCAACAACAACAGCAGCAGCAGCAACAACAGCAAACGGUAACGCCAACUACCUCAGAAGUAUCUGCAGCCGCUAUCAGUCCCGCACUCAAAGAUACGCCCAGUCCCAGUGCAGAUGCACCGCUCGAUCUUAGCAGCAAGCCCUCGCCGAACUCAUCGAUUAGCGGCGAUGUAAAGUCCAUCAGAGCCUGUGCUACGCCCACGCCGAGCGGGCGAGGAGCGUACAGCGAGGAGGAUCUGAGCCGGGCGCUGCAGGACGUGGUGGCCAACAAGCUGGGCAACCGGAAGACGAGCCAUGUGCCGCGCUCCCUCGUGGUCGAGAGGCUGUUUAAGAUGCAGCAGGAUCUGGACCAAUCGGAUGCGGAUCUUGGGGCUGAUGACCAGGACGCGGGCGACUCUAACGACGACGGCGAGGCAGACGUUGACAGCAAUGCCUCUACCCCGGCUGCGGGCUACCCCCCGGACUUUGUCCAGCUGCGAAAGUUCUCGGAGCACAAUGGCAGCGAUCUGGGCGACGAUCAGGAUCCGCGUGAUUCACCCAAAAUGGGCCGACUGCCAGGUAACAACAGUGUCGCAUCCGGUGGGGGAGGGACACCGGGCGCAGGCGGAGGGGGAAUACCACCGAUGCCGGCCAUUGAUGCCAAUGUCCUGCUGCACACCCUGCUGCACACCCUGGUCCAAUCCGCCGGGAUUGGAGCCAUGCCCAAGCUGGACGAGACGCAGACGGUCGGCGAGGUGAUUAAAAACCUGGUGAUGGCCAACAGUGGAGGAGCCGGAGCGAUAAUGAAUGACGCCCUGCUGAAUCUUCUGGCCGCCAACCAGGAGAGCAACGGCAGUGGCUCGUUGCUGCAGCAACAACAGCAGCAGCAACAUGUUGCGGCCGCCUUCAGACACCGCCUGCCGAAGUCAGAGACGCCAGAGACAAACUCCUCGCUGGACGCCAACGAAGCCACCGAGGAUCCCAUUCUGAAGAUUCCGUCCUUCAAGGUCAGCGUGCCGGGUCUCUCGCCGCUGAACAACAACAACAACAACAGCAUCGGCAGCAACAACAACCGCAACGGCAGCAACCGUAGUCCCCACUCAGCAUCGCCUAUGCUGGCCGCCGCCGUCGCCCAAGGAUCCGGGGGAGCCGGAGGCUAUGGCCUCGCCAGCUCCUCGUCGAGCAUCCAGAAAAUGAUGGCCAGCAACAUCCAGCGCCAGAUCAACGAGAAUCGGGUCCAGGAACAGGAAUCCCUGCGGAACGGUAACUCCUCCGACUGCAGCUCGAACAACGGCAGCUCCACGAGCGGCUAUAAGAAGCCCAGCAUAUCGGUGGCCAAAAUCAUCGGCGGCACGGACACCUCGCGUUUCGGCGCCUCGCCAAACCUGCUUUCCCAGGCGCAUCACCACCACUCGGCCGGAGGCCAUCACCUGAGCCACCACCAGCAGCAGCAGCUUAGCGCCCAGGAAGCCGCGGCUCUGGCGGCGGGCAAGGGCACCCGACCCAAACGGGGCAAGUACCGCAACUAUGACCGCGACAGCCUGGUCGAGGCGGUAAAGGCAGUGCAGCGCGGCGAGAUGUCUGUGCACCGGGCGGGCAGCUACUACGGGGUGCCCCACUCCACACUGGAGUACAAGGUGAAGGAGCGGCACCUGAUGCGUCCCCGGAAACGGGAGCCGAAGCCGCAGCCGGACCUGGUAGGCCUGACCGGACCGGCCAACAAGCUGCACCUCGAUAAGCUGAAGCCGGGUAACUCCAAGCUCAGCAACGCCCUGAAGAACAACAGCCAGGCGGCAGCUGCAGCAGCGGCGGCAGCAGCCGCGGCCGGCACGCCCAACGGCCUCAAGCUGCCAGCGCUCUUCGAGGCUGCCACUCCGCAGAUGCCCUUUCAGUCGAAUAUGUUCUGGGCCCAGCCAAACGCCACGAGUGCUUACGGCCUGGACUUCAACCGGAUGGCGGAGGCCAUGCGGAAUCCGCAGCACAACGGGCCGAUGAAGAGCGCCCUGGAGAUGACGGAGAGCAUGUACGACGGCAUCAUCCGGAAGACCCUGCAAUCCAGCGGAGCGGCAGCGACGUCCAACGGCAGUUCCGUGGCGGGCAACGGUAGCACCAACGGCCACGCCCUGCUGGACCAACUGCUGGUAAAGAAGACGUUGCCGUUCACCAACCACCGAAGCAACGACUACGCCGCCACCUGUUCCAGCGCCAGCGGAGAGAGCGUGAAGCGGUCAGGGAGUCCCCUGGGCGGACCGAGCGGCUAUCCGGACAUCAAGAGGGAGCGGCUGAGCGCCGACAGCGGCGGCAGCAGCGACGAGGAGCACAUCAACCUCAACAACAACAGCGACCUGGCGCACAAUAAGAACAAGGGCUCCAGCUCCUUUUCCGGAAACGGCAACGGCGCCGGAAACGGAAAUGGACAGGCCACCUCCAACGGUAACGGGCGGAGCAGCCGGAUGACCUCGCGAGACUCGGAAACGGAUGUCUCCAGCCUGAAGAGCGAGCAAAGCCACCACAAACUCAUGGAUCUCAAUGGCGGCGGAGGCGGUGGCAGCAACAGUCACAUCAAAUGCGAAGCGGAAACGGAAAUGGGCAGACUGGAAAGCGGUGGCGGAGGCGGCGGCGGCGCUCCGUCUUCAAUUCUGCACGAAAAACUGGCCCAGAUCAAGGCCGAACAGGAUCAGUUAUAGGAUCAGCCGAUGUUCGCCUGGCCACCGCUGGCCACCCACUACUACAGCUUCUAGGGGAUGGGGGAGGAUUAGCUGGAUAGCCAGAUAGCCGGAUAGCAGCAGGAUAGCAGGAUAAACCAAAUUAAGCCACUUCUCUUGAUAGUACACUAUAUAGAGUAUAUAUAUAGAUAUGUGUAUGCAGGCCAGCCGAUCGAGUGGCGAAUGUGCGCUAGCUCUUAGUUAAUGUGUAAUCAACUAAAAAAAAAAACAGAAAACAAAAAACCGACAUUUAUGUGUGCCCCCCGGCGUAUGCAAUGUUUUGGAUAUUCACCAGCGGCGAUUAGGCGCCAAAAGUUCGAUAUUCGAUAACAUUCGAUCAUUCAGGACGACGAUUGGGGCUGGUGAAUAGCCAAUAUAUUCUUGUUUCGUUUUGACAAUCGACAAAUAGGCAUUCUCUUGUACAAACUUUCUUAAAAACAAAACAAAAACAAAAUACUGAAACUAAAAACUAAACGAAAAGCAAAACAAAACUAAAACCUUAAGACCAAAACUGAGCAAGAACCGUUUUCAAUUUUUGCAUUUUGUUUCGUUAAUUUAAUUGAAUUGAAGAACAAAAGCAACAGCAGUCCAAUGGGCCUACUAUAUACAUACAUAUAGCCGAAACAGAAAUCAGAAAUCAGAAAAUAAUACAGCCAACAAGCAAAUCAGUCCAAACAGCAGCAGUCAAUCGAACAGCCAACUUAAUCGGCGUCUGUGAGGGUCGGUCCUGGCUCUGGGCCCGGGCCUUGAGCUUUCUCUUUCUCACAUUCCAUAAGCAUAUCUAGAUGUACUUAUGAUAUCCAUACAUUCUCCAUAAUUUUCUACAACUUUCUAAGGCGCAGUGCGCAGCUCAGCUCAGCUUAGCCCAGAAAUGGCCAAGAUCUCCGGACUCUCAGACGCCUCUGACAUAGACAGAAUAAUGGGUAAAGCCAACAACUACAAUAACAAAUACAACAAAGACCAUAAACAGAAACAACAACAACAACAACAACAACAACAUCAGCAAUAUCCGAUCAAUAACAACUACAACCAGCAAUAAGCAAUAAUAAAACAAGAAAUCUACAAUAAAAAAAAUAUAACAAACACACACCAAACCACCAAAAAAUAGCAAAAUUCAAAAGUUAAAUCGAAAAAGAAGAGAAACAAAAUUAACCACAAAAAUGCAACCUUUAUUUUACCUUUGAGUUUGAGAGUUAAAAAACCAAAAUACAACAAAAAUAUAAACAAAAAAACGGAAAUCAAUAAACAAAGCUGCCUUCACAUUUACAAAUUAAAUAAAUUAGUAAGAAAAGCGAGCGAGCGCGGAACGUUAGGAAAGAGCACACAAAAUAAUAAUCCAAAGGAAACGCAAACAAAUCGCAGAAAACAAAAUACAACCUUAUUAAAAUUAAAAAAAGAACACAUCUCUUAAAAAUUCUCCCCCUAACAUACACAAAUUUCUUUUUUUCUAACCCUCUUCCAAAAAUAUUCAAAUAAAUUAAGCUAAAUUAUAAUGUUUCGGUGUUUCAAAAAGAAAAAAAUACAAAAAAAACGUAAAAAAAAUAAUAUUGUCUAUGUUUAGGCUUUAAAAUCGAAAUUAAUAUUGAAAGUUUUCUAGAUUUCGGCUUGAAAGUAAAGAAAUUAUUGUGAGAGAGCACACAUUUCAUGUACAGUCGCCUAUCCACCAAAAAAGUGAAAUCAAAGCAUAAAUAUAUAAAGACUUUAUAUUACUAUAUACUAUAUGGAUAUAUAUUUGUAUAUUUAUGUAUGUGUGUGUCUUCAUCACUACGCGUAUACCUCAACCAGAACACAUGAUCAUUUUGAGCAACUAAAAACAUAUACAAUAUUUAACGUACUUAUACACUCUACACCCUCUUUAGGCCCUCUUUCGACGUGUCCACCAAGUAUUUGGUUCUAUCUAUGGUUAAAAACACACACAUCUACUGAAUGUCUGCGUAAUGAAAAAUAGAUGAAAAAUAUAUAAAUGUACCUAAAACAUAUUUUGUGUGCUAGCUAGUAAGUGUCAAAAGUGAAAACAUACAAAAACGAUAUACAAUAUAUUUAAAAAAAAAAGAAGCGAAAAAGAAACAAGGAAAAUUGGUAAUAUGUGAAAAUAUUUAGUGAAUUAUAAUACAGCUAAAAAAUUGAAGAUAUUUCAGCGGGGAAGUCAUUAUCCGCCAAAAGAGAGAGGAGGAGGUCUUUAUUAAACACUAUUUAUCAAAAUUAUUAUAAUUUCCACUCGAAAAGUGGAUACCAAAAAUACACUAUUUAUUGGCUAAUCUCCCAAAAUUACAUUUGAUGUGCGUAAAUGUUGUGGUUUAGUAUCAAAAAUCAAAAAUACAUGGAAAGCAAAAUUAAACGUUAAGGCUUAAAAUAUAAAAUUAAUUCAUUAACUUAUGCAUUUGAUAUAAAAAAACAAAAACAAAAUAUUCUGCAAAGCAAAAAGGAUUUAAAAGGAAAACUGUUUAUUAUAUGAAGAAUAAUCGGGGAUAAAGCAAAGGAGGAUGGAUGGACGGAAAUAAAUCAAAAAAGUAUUUAUUGCUAAUUUAAUUAUAUUUGAAGUAUACAUACAUAUUUAUUAUAUAUACAUACAUAUAUAUUAGACACACUAUCUGUGAUUAAUAAUCCAAAAUUUUGAAGAGCAUUUUCUGAAAUAAUGUUGGCUAGGCAUAUGCAAAAGACAAAAAACAAAUCCAUUCAAACGGGAAAUGAAUUGAUUAAAUUGAUUAAAGAUUAAUGGAUAACGGAGACACACCCACACUCACACACAUACACUUAAAGAAAUUGUAGACCGAUCGGAUACAAAUCAUUCACAAAACCAAGCACAAGAAAGGGCCGCCUCGCAACCGAAAUCCUCGAGGGCCCUUCUGCUGCACUUGGCCAGAAAGAAGAAUUUCUUAAGCUACGGCACACAUCACUAAACCUAAAAACAAAAAAAUAAUAAAAGUAAAACAAAGGUAAAACAUAGAAAUACAGACAAGAAAACGAUGAUACUGUUCAGAACAUAUAUAGUUGUAUAUAUUUUGGAAUAAUGUUUACUCAAAAACCAAAAACGGAUAUCCAGUUCAAGUCAAAAUUAAGCGAUUUGCAAAACGGCAUAAUAAGCAUAAUAUUAAAAAAGGGUCUUUUGUAAUGCAAAAUUAUACAAAAAUAAAUCACGAUUAAAGGUUCGCAACGUCUAAGAAAAAUUUAAAUGAAAUAUCGAUGUAAAAAAGUAAACAAAAUCAAACCUAAAAUAAUAAACAAGAUAAAGUGCAAUUAUACGGUUUAAAUAAGCAAAUUUAAGAAAAAAAAACGUUAUUAAGAAAAAUAUGUUAAAAUAAAAGCAAAAGCUAAAGUCAUUUGUAAGAAGAAAAAUUCGAGAAACUGUUUCGAAGCAUGUUUAGCUAAAAAAAAUUCCAAGGCAACUAAAAUAUUGACGGAAAAAAAACGAAAAACGGACUAAACAGCCAGGGGAUACGGGGCGCUUCAGAGGCGAAGGACCUGAAACGCCCUGGACCUCUGACGUCCAGAGCUCCCUUCCAUAGGGGAUAGGAAAGCUCCCAGAUAUAGGGAUAUGGUGAAAACCUAACCAACCAAACAACAACAAGAAACUGCAGCAACCAAGUCGAAAGUCAAAAUGUCAACCUAGUGGUAGGUCUAAACAAAAAACAAA